UUAUAUGCCCGAAAGAGUCUGAGUGGAAGUCGAACUUCAGUGCUUUAGAGCAGCCCAAGCUAAGCAGAACCAAAUUAUAAACAGUGAACUCUUGAAUUCAUAAUGAGUCGCAGAGAACUGUCCAACUGGGAUUACGAGGAUGACAACUGGGGCUACCAGGAUGACAACGACCAAUAUGAUUACCAAGAACCAAAUGAUUACCAUGACCUGUUUGAUUACGGAGGAUAUAACUCAUUUUCCAAUAACGACUAUCGAUCCAACUCUUUUCGCAAUGGAAACUACCAAAGUGGAGGUCGCCACCAAUCCUCCACAUCCCGACCGAAGGCUUCUAACUUCAAUUCUCGCGGGUCUCGCGCAAUUCAAGGAAAUAAAAAUCCGACAGUUUCUCAAAACACUGAGCCACAGUCGAUCCGAGGAGGUCCAAUUCAACUCUCAUUUUUCCCAAAAUCCACUACGCAGAAACAGAAUUCAUCAGAACCAACUCCAUCGCCAUCGAACCCACAAGGCACCAAUUAUGUUGUAAACAUCAUCAAUAUUAACCAUGAAUAUUAAUUUGAAAAUGGUGUAUAAAAAUAUGUUGAACAAUAAAAUGUAUUUUACUUGA